GGACAUUAUAAUUGUUCCAGAAAGUAUCCAUUAUCUUUAACUACAGUUAUUAAUGUUUCUGCUGUUCUGUCAAAAACAGAAACGGUCAACCACGUGAACAUGAACGGUCUAAAUAUCAAUCGCGGGAUUCCGGGAGGUAUCGGGCUUUUUCGGAUCGACAGCGAAGGCCUGCCUGUGCGGCCUGAGAUAAAUUCGCACAGAUCAUCACUUGCUAAUCUUCGGGUGCAUUCGUUUAUGCAGUGAUUAGCGCAUCCACUGCGUCUAUUAUCUGCGAGUCACGUGACAUCAUUUACCGAACGAUCACCUGCGUGAAUUGACUGCUCAGAUUGUAAUUGGAAAACAACGGAUGGAUUUAGAAUGGAUUUAAUUUCAUGUAACAUUAUUGAUCAAGCUAUGGAUCUCAUUAAUAGUAGCUCAGAUUCUAACUCAUCAUCAGAAGAUAGUUCUGAUGAAGAGCUGCUGUUAUUGGAUGAUGAGCAGGAACGUAUAGAAGUGCACAAAGUAAAAAAUUUUUGUGAUACAAUUUUUGGAAUGCAUGAUAAAACAUUUAAAUCACAUUUUCGUCUCACAAGAGGUUCUUUUGAGGUUGUCAGAAGAGCAGUUGGUCCUAUGCUUGAAUCUAAUAAUAAUAAUGGAGGUCAUCCUAAUGUAUCUUUGGAAAAAGCAAUAUUAUCAACUCUGUGGUUACUGGCAAAUCAAGAUUCUUUUCGGGAAGUUAGCAAUCUAUUUAACUUAAGCCCAAGUACUGUACAUAAAGUAUUUUAUGAUGUAUGCAAUGCUUUGUGUAAUAUGAUAAAUGAACAUUUAUACUGGCCAAAUCAGACAGAGUUCCAAAAUAUAAGGCAAGAGUUUAACGAGCUCAGAGGACCAAAUGAUUUCCCAGACGUGGUAUGUACAGUUGAUGGAAUGCAUAUAGAAAUUCCAGCUCCGAGAAUUGAUGCUAUGAGUUAUUAUAAUCGAAAAGGAUUCCAUUCGAUUAUUUUACAAGGGAUGUGUGAUGCAAAAUGUAAAUUUAUUGACAUUUUUGUUGGAUGGCCCGGUGCUACUCACGAUGCUCGAGUGUGGAGAGAAAGUCCAAUUGGUCAGGCACUUGCAGAAGAUUCAACACUUAUACCAGAAGGAACUCAUAUUUUAGGAGAUUCUGCAUACAGUUUAACCCCUUAUUUAUUAACACCAUUUCGUGAUAAUGGGCAUUUGUCUCAAAGGCAAAAGUUUUACAAUAAAAAAUUAAGUUCAAAGAGAAUUGUCAUUGAGCAAGCAUUUGGAAAACUCAGAUGUAGAUUUAGAAGAUUAAAAUAUUUAAAUAUGUCUCUCAUGAACGAAAUGAAAAUAGUUGUUAUUGCUGCUUGUGUUCUGCAUAAUAUUUGCAUCCGAUGUAAUGAUGAAAUCGAUUUAAGUGACAACGAAUCUGAAAAUGAGAAUGAGAAUGAGAACCAAAAUGAAGACAAUGUCAUUUUGGAAGCAGGUAAUAAUAAAAGAAAUAGAAUUGCCGAUAUUUUGUGGACGAAUAGAAGACAUGAAUAAAGUAUAUUUAAUAAUUUUAUAACAUUUCGUAUACAUUUAUAGUACUUUUAAGUAUGUAACAGGUACAUAAGGAUUAUCAUAAGUAUUGUUAUUUAAGAACAAACAGAAAAUAAACUAUAUCUAGAUCA